GACGUCAUGUGGCAGCGGGGCGUGUCCUGCCGCGUCGUGGAAUGCUGAUGAUGAUUUUUGUCCCCCGACCAAUCAGGAGCUGCCGGCUCAGCAAGUCUCAUAUUCAAGACAAAAUGGCGGCUACGCGCAGCGGCAAGAGCGGCCUCUUAGAGAAAUGGAGAAUCGACGAGAAGCCGGUGAAGAUCGACAAGUGGGACGGCGCCGCGGUCAAGAACUCGCUGGACGACGCCGCCAAGCAGGUGCUGCUGGAGAAGUACGGCUACGUGGAGAACUUCGGCCUGGUGGACGGCCGCCUCUUCAUCUGCACGGUGUCGUGCGUCUUCGCCGUGGUGGCCCUGGUCUGGGACUACCUGCGCCCCUUCCCCGAGUCGAGACCCGUCCUGGCCUGCUGCGUGGUCUCGUACUUCGUCAUGAUGGGCGUUCUGACGCUCUACACGUCGUACAAGGAGAAGAACAUCUUCCUGGUGGCCCUCCAGAAGGACCCGGCCGGGAUGGACCCGGAUCACGUGUGGCAGCUCUCGUCUUCGCUCAAGCGGUUCGACGACCGCUACGCGCUGCGCGUGUCCUUCGGGGACGGCCGGCUGAAGACGUGGCGCGAGAGCCAGCUGACCUCGUCCGUGGCCACUUUCUUCGACGAGAACGGAACGCUGGCCAUGGACCGGUUUGAGAAGUGCGUGUCCUCGCUUCACGACGCGCUCGCCGCAGACAAGAAAAGCAAAUAAAGUCACCGCUCUUUUCUA